AUGAAACUAGUAACGGAUGUGAACAACGCCGCAUUCCAGAUGGUCCUACGCGAAAAGGACGAAACCAAAAAAGCGCUGCGCGAUCUUGCUAACGUAAAGAACGAGCUCGAUGACGCAAAUACAAAAAUCAGACACGAGCAACGCACAAAACGAACAUGCUUGGAAUCUAAAAGCUCCUCGCCUGUAAUGUCUCGUUGUUGCCUGUCCUCUCCUAUGAGACGAAUCAUACAAGGUUCUUCUAACCCAACAAAAGCAUUCUUUUCCAAAUAUUAUCAAUAUAAUUACGGUCAUGUAAUACCUAUACGUUUGAUGUCAACACGAAUUCCAACGUCUACAAGGACCGUACAAAAACCAAGACCACUUCCUGAAAUCAAAAAUAACACCCCAAAAUACAUAGCAUUUGGUUUGGCUGGUGUAUCCUUUUGGGCGGCUUUUAUCACGAUCGCAUUUAAUCAUCAACGACAAGCAUCUAGCAUCGUAAAGAAUUCAAUUUUCCAUGUCAAAUAUGAUCAAGAGGCAAAAGAAGUCUUGGGUGAUAACAUCGACUUCGCGUCAUCAUGGCCGUGGAUUUCCGGAUCCGUAAACCAUCUUAAAGGAAAGAUUAAUAUAAGUUAUGAUGUCAAAGGAAGUAAAGGAAAGGGCAGGGUUCAUUUUCAUUCAGUACGUAGAGGUUACGAUCAAAGAUGGGAGGUGUUGGAUUUUUCAUUGACAAGCGAAGAUGGUAGAAUCGUGUACAUAAAAGGUAGUUCGGGAAAACUUGAGAAAGACGCAAAUAUGACUCAAUAA